AUGUCAGGGUUUCUGGACAAUUGUCGUUGGCCGAGGUGCGAGUGUGCAGACUUUGGAGAAAAACGCAACUUCAUUGUGUCUGUUAUUUCUGGUGUCAUGUUUUUCACCGGCUGGUGGUUUGUCAUUGACGCUGCAGCACUAUACCCAGACACUGAACGCUUCAACCACGCCUUCCAGACGCCGGGAGUUAUAUCUACUGUUGCAUUUUUUAUGAUAAACUCAGUGUCUAAUGGACAGAUCAGAGGAGAAGCCUACACUACUGGCUGUAUGGGACAGACUGGUGCUAGGAUCUGGCUAUUUCUGGGUUUCCUGUUGGCCUUUGGUGCCCUGAUUGCUGCCAGCUGGAUCCUUUUUGGUUUCUAUGUGGUUGGAAAUGUGGAUCCUGAUUGGCCUGGUAUUGCUGUUUUCUUGCAGAAUGCUCUCAUCUUCUUCAGUGCAUUUGUGUUCAAGUUUGGACGAACUGAGGACUUGUGGGGUUAA